AUGGAACAUACCUACGAAAUUUUAAAUGGAUAUCCUGAAUACCCUCUUGAAAAUAAUAAUGAAGUCAUAAGUGACUUUAUUAAUGAUUCGCUAUGCGAAAACGAAUCUGUCCCUCUCCCAACUUACCCACCACCAAAAUUUCAAACUCGAUGCACAAUUUCUCAACAAAACAAUAACCUUUCUAUGUAUCAAAAAAUUCAAAUGGUUGCUAAGACUAUUAAGGCAUUUGAAGAAAGCAUUAUUAGACAACUCGAACAAGUUAAUGAACUUAAGGAUCAAUUAAAUCAAAUGAACCAAUUUUUCAUCGCACAACAUCAACCACAACGAAAGCCUUCCGUAUCUCGUCAUAUAUACCGAAAUCAUGCUCCUAGACCUCAUCCUUAUUUGAAUGAACGUCCUUUGAUUUCUUCUCGUACACCAACUAUUCGUUCUGCUGCGCCAACUUGCCGUCAUGAAUGUUUUACGACUGAACAACUCAUUUCAUCGAAUAGUUUUCAUCAACAACAAGUUAACGUUCCUGUUGAGACAGUUGAUAAUAAUGAAGUUUUCUCCGCUGGUACUCAAAGCUAUGAACUCUGGCUGUCCAAAAAUGGUGAAACAAAAUAUUUAGAGAUUAUGAGUAGGAAAUGGAACGGCAGAUCAUUCCAAGAAAUCUCAGCUAUUUUGAUUUGGCUUUAUACAGUUAGAUAUUUCAGCGGGAUUUCUUCCUAUUCUAGUAACACUGAGAUUGAAGCCUGGGGUUAUAUAGGUUGUCUUGAAUAUUUAGCAAAAGUGGGAACUGCUAUUUGGAAUGGUUAUUUUGGAUUUUUUAAGAAACCUCCAUUUUCUAAAGAAUUGAUCAGAACACUCAUUGCAGUGUCAAGAAUUAGUCUGAGAAUUAUAUAA